UGGAAGUAGGAGGUUACUGUUUAUUGAUGUGUUGAAUUACUUUACAGCUUCGAGUGGCCAUGGAUAAUCUCAGCGUUCUCUGCUCAUUACUUCGGUGUUAGGUGGUCUUGUGAAUUAUAACUAUGAAGCCAGCAGUUGAUUUUAAAGAAUGUCUGAAGGAUUCCCCCAAAUUCCGGGCAUCUCUGGAGGAAGCCGAAUCGGACAUCGAGGCCCUGGAGGCUCGACUAGAGCGGCUGGUGAAACUAUGCACGACUAUGAUUGACACCGGCAAGAACUUCAACAAUGCAACUGGUGGAUUCAUCACAGGUGUUCGAGAUCUGGCGUCAUAUUUCCAUGAUGACAAUUUGGUGUCGGAUGAUAGCAAAGUGUCUGCUUCCCUUAAUCGGUUUGCUCAUGCCAUGUCUGAGAUGCUCAAAUAUUUCACAAUACUCAUGGACCAGGCUCAUCGAUCUGUGUGCAAAAAUCUCAACAAUUUCAUCAAAAAUGACAUCAAGAAGGCCAAAGAAACAAAGAAGCAUUUUGAGAAGAUUAGCGACGACAUGGACAACGCAUUGUUACGGAAUUCCCAGGCCUUGAAGAGCAAGCCCCAGGAGUGUGAGGAGUCCCACAACACACUGACGGCCAUGAGGUCCUGCUUUGCCCACACCUCGCUAGACUAUGUGUUCCAGAUUAAUGUUCUCCAUUCGAAGAAGAGGUUUGAAGUACUCGACACAAUGCUGUCUUUUAUGCACGCACAAAAUACAUUCUUCCACCAGGGAGACGAUCUGUUCAGUGAUUUAGAAAAGUACAUGAAAGAUGUUGCCACACAGGUGGAAGAAUUGAGUUCUAAGGCCAAGGUGGAACGCAAGGAGAUGGAGGAACGUCACACGCUAGUACAGAAAAUGACAGAACCACGAGACGAGAGAGUGAAAUCGACCUUCUACGCAGACGAAAUCCCUGAGAACAGUGCCCAACAGGAAGAAUCGGACAAGAUGGAGGGUUACCUCUUCAAGAGAACGACAAACGCAUUUCGGACAUGGGUCAGACGGUGGUUCAGGAUCGAGACACGUCAGUUGGUGUACCGGAAGCGUUCCAAGGACUCUCAGACUGUCAUGGAAGAGGACCUGAGACUGUGUUCCAUCAAACCAGUUGUUGACACCGACAGACGCUUCUGCUUUGAGGUCCUCUCCCCCACAAGGAGCCAUGUGUUGCAGGCUGAUUCUGAUUCCCAGUGUCUCCUGUGGAUCAACUCUAUACAGUGCAGUAUUAACAAAGCUUACAGGGAGACGCUCAACGCUCAGGACUCAGUUGUGAGUGAUGAAGAAGGUGUAGACAACAAUGCAGUACUGAACGGCGCCAGCUCUAACGACGUCAGUGCCAUGAGAUCUCCCCUGCAACCCAAACAGACCAAGGUCCAGGUACGGAUGGAGCAGCUGUUCUCGGUACCAGGCAACGACCGGUGCUGUGACUGUGGCUCACCAGAACCUCGCUGGGCCAGCAUCAACCUCGGCAUCACACUAUGUAUAGAGUGUUCUGGUAUCCACAGGAGUUUCGGGGUACAUCUGUCCAAAGUUCGGUCCAUCACCCUGGAUGCAUGGGAACCAGAGCUCAUCAAGGUCAUGGUGGAGGUCGGCAACGAGGCCGUAAAUCGAGUAUUUGAGGCUAAGGUGGACGAGUCUGUGGCAAAACGAGCAACACCUGAAUCAAACAGAACAAUUCGAGAGGCGUGGAUCCGGGCGAAGUACGUCCAGAAGGCGUUCGUGAAUCAUCUCCCUGACACCAAGACCACAGCUGGGAACAAGAUCCGAAGCUGGAGUGUACGGAAAAAGACACGGAAAUCUCCGGCCAGGUCUGCAACUAAGGAGGAUUCCAAGGAAGAUUCCGUGUCAGAUUCUGAGGACGUCACAAGUGGACUUAUGGAAGCGGUACUGUCGGUGUCCAACACAAAUAAGGACACAGACAGUGGGAACGGCGCCAGCUCCUCCGAUGUUAUUGUGUUUGGCACCGACAUCCAAACAUCGACAGAGUUCAAUAAGAUUUCAUUCGGCACUGAGCUGGGUUUGGAAAGUUCCGAGGAGUCGGCAACGGAAGCUGAUGAGGUUGAAGACCGCCGGUCCACGACGUCAUGGGAGGACAUGAGCAAGCUGGACCCGAACCUGCUGCUGUACAAAGCUGCGGAGGCUCGGAACCUUCCCGUAAUGGCGGAGGCACUUGCACAUGGUGCAGACAUUAAUUGGGUCAACAAGGACGAUGAGAUGAAGUCGCCCAUAUUCAAGGCAGUGGAGACGGGGUCUCUGGCUGCCUGUGAGUUCCUACUGCUGAAUGGAGCCAAGCUGGACAGAAAGGACAGCCAGGGUCAGACACCGCUACACCUCGCCACGGUGCACGGACACACAGGACAAGUGUGUCAGUUUUUAAAGCGAGGUGCCAAUCAGAAAGCACAAGACAACAAUGGAAAGGACCCACUGUCUAUAGCCAUUGCCAAUGCAAAUGCUGAUAUAGUUACACUUCUGCGUCUGGCCAAGCUGAAUGAGGAGAUGAAGGAUGACGCCUACAGCGGGAACCCUGGUGACGAAAGCAGCACUUUCAACGAUGUCUUCCGGGAUUUCACAAACAUGGCGUCAAACAACCCAGAGAAGUUAAAGAGGAAAUAACGUCUUUCACUAAACGUCUCACGAGGACAAAGUUGUAGAAGAUAACACUACACAAUGGCUGUAUACUCAUCUUCUGAAUCUGUUUAUGUUGUUAAGUUAGAUGGAUGCUUUUCUAAGAAAACAAUGUCAACAUUACUUGAAUGAUGUUAAAAGAAUGACCAUCGUUUUGUUUGAAUGUCAGUGUUCAACUGAAGAACCAAUGAGUAUUUAUGGCUUUAUUAAGUCAAAUCAGGAACAGAAGGAAUGGAUGUUUAUGAAGUAGCUGGACCAACAAAAGAAACUCACCUUUGAUUAUUUCACUCAAUUUGCCCCUGGGUUUAUUCUACAGCCAUGAGGGAGCGCAGGUUGGGUUUAUGUAAGAUAUUGCUCCAUUGAGGAUGUCUACUGCUAUGGUUUUGUGUUGACCCAAUGGUUGAUUUGCUUCAACAACAUACUAGAUGUUCUGUGCGGAGUUGCCUCCCUUGGACAUGCCAGGAACCAGUUAUUGUGGGUCAGAAUCCUGGUCCACCUGAUUAUGUUUCUUGGUUUGUCAACACACUUGUUAGUGAACUAGGUGAACAUCUUCGAUAUGUAUCACUUCUGUCGUUUCCCCCACACUAACCUGAUGUACUAAUACAACUGAAAUGCUGUUGAAAGCAGUAUUACAAUCCAACAGACUCACUGUUUGAUGUGAAGCCAUGGAUCAAGGAUACACUAAGACUAAUCUCGUCAAUGUUAUGUUACGACAUGUCAGUUACUGUCAAAACUGUGGUUUGUGCUUUCAUUGAUUAUGACAUCAUAACAUUGUGUUAUAGUGAUGUCACAGCACAUAGGAUUAACUUCCUGGUACAUGUAUGUAUGUGUGAUAAAAUGGUGAUAUUUCUUGUUGCUCAUGGAGAUCCAUAGUGACAAGAUGAGCAACACACAACAAUUAGUAUUUGGGAAAUAGAAGUGGGCAUUCUUACUGGAGCUUUUGUCAGUGCCAUUCAAUACUUUCGGUGCUGUAAAGUAAAUUUUCAUGUAUUCUCCCCCAACAAUACAUAAAUUACAGACAUCCAUUUUGUUGUCCAAGCAGUGCUUGAAUGUCUCAGUAUUGAUGGCCACAAGCAGCUCCAUCCAUAACAGUCUAUAUAACAAUGUCUCCAUGUUAAACUAGUUUUAUACUCUCUUAUGACUUUGUCCCUGGUCUAUACCAAUACGUAUUGACUGUCUUGAUGUCUCAGAGCUAAGCUACAAACCUGUGUAUUGUAUAUAGAAGUAUUAUACCACAGCAUCAUGUUGCUUUAACAGUGAUCACUGUUGUAUAUUGUAGCCAACUGUCAGACACACCUAAUAUAUACACCAGUACUCUGUUGCAUAUAGGACAGCUUCCCCAGCAUGUAGCACCUGGUUUCAUUAUGACAGACAUUUAUCAUGUUCUGAUAUCAUAAAAAGGCAUUCAUUGUUGGAUAUUCAGGUAAUAUUUGUUAAGCAAAACAAACAACCCCCAAACAUGUUUUCUAUUUCAGUCGGGGCGGUGGGGUUGGCUCGUCACGCCGAAGAACUGGGUUCGAAUCCCCACAUGUGUACAAUGAGUGAAGCCCAUUUCUGGUGU